AUUGAGUGAGUUUUAUAUUUUGGACAUCAAAUUUCUUGAUCUUCCUACUUUCCCUCCUAUUUUUCUCAUGCUGUGGUUUAUACCAGACAAAAUCAGUAUAAGCUUUUCCAUUGGAAUGCUGUAUUUCAGAUCAAAUUAAAGAAGAAUGUUAGGCCAGAAAUAUCUAUCAUAAUUCUAAACUCUUUAGUAUAACUGGAUUAUUACAGUCAGCAAGAAUUUUGAGUAGACUUCUUUCAACAUUUGAAUAUAAUACUCUAACAGAAUUCUUGAUUGUCAUAAUUCAUUUGUGCAUUACAAAUACUUGAUUUCUUAAUGGAGACAAUUCAGUAGACUUAGACAAUAUUGCAGCUAAUGCAUAGUCAUAGAAAUGCUCAACUUUUUCUUGAUUAGAUCUUCUACUGGUUUCAAUAUAGCUCUGCAGGAAUUUCACAAUAUCAGUCUAUAUGUGGAAAGAGUGUCAGACCAUGUGGAUUACCAGAUCAAAAUUCUUCAGCACAAAUCUGAAAAGACUGAAGACUUGGAAAAAGCAGAUGUGCUCAUUUUAAACUCAAAAGCAGAACAAGUAGCUAAUGAAGAGAAGUCUGAAAACUCAGUGGAAAUGGGACCUCUUUGGCAAGCACACAUCAUGCUGCAAAAGAUACAGGAGUCUUUACGGAAACGAGAAAAAGCAGUUAUUGACCUCCUAGAAAGUGAAAGACAAUAUAACAAAGCAAUGAAACCUCAAAUUACAGUCCUAGUAUUCUUGAAAAAUCUUGCUAAGAAGGUUCACACUUUAUAUUGUGAUGUCCCUGAGGCACAGCAGUACAUCAAUCAGCUUGUCAGGAAGAAUGAGGUUGAAAGGGCUGAUUGGAAAGAAGCCUUUAAUAAAGCUCAGGCUGACAUUUCGUCUUAUGAAGUGUUUUAUGGAAAUGAACCUAUGGAUGACAAAAGGUAUAUAGGACUGUUAAUAAAGAUAGAAAUAGUAUUUAAAAAGUAA